GGGAACUUGUUGAAUCAAUUCACUGCAGCUCUUCAGACCUGAGGUGACUCAUGAGAACAUGAAGACGUUCUCUGUCCUGCUCCUUUUCUGUCGUGUUUCAUCUACAGUGGGACACUCCGUGGAAUUUUUCAUCACGGCAUCUCAUGGACUUCCAGAUUUUCCAGAGUUUGUGGCUGCAGCUGUGGUUGAUGGAGUUGAGUUUGCGACCUGUGACAGCAAGACAAAGAUACUAAAAUUUCAUGAAUGGACAAGAGAAUUCACAGACAACUACCCAGAGUACUGGAGUUCGUAUUCAGUGGUGUGUUUGAUUCAUCAGAAUGUUUUCAGCUCUGUCACUGUGGACGUCAUGAAAGUGUUCAACCAAAGUGAAGGUGUGCACAUUUUGCAGUCAGUUAGUGGCUGUGAGUGGGAUGAAGAGACUGGAGAGACUGGAAGUUUUUGCAGGGUGGGUUAUGAUGGAAAGGACUUAGUAUCAUUCAACCCACAGACACUGACAUGGACUGUUCUAAAUCCUGAGGCACUGACUUCCAAAUUCAGAGGGCAAUCUGACAAAGGUAAUUUACAAUACUUAAAUACCUUCUUCAACCAGUACUGCCCCUUUUGGCUGAAGCAGACGGUGGCCAAUGGGAGAAAGUAUCUGCAGCAAAAAGUGCUUCCAUCGAUAUCUCUCCUCCAGAAGUCUCCCUCCUCUCCAGUCAGCUGCUUCGCCUCAGGUUUCUACCCUGACAGAGCUGUGAUGUUCUGGAGGAAAGAUGGAGAGGAGCUUCAUGAGGGUGUGGACCACAGAGAGAUCCUCCCAAACAAUGAUGACACCUUCCAGAUGAGUGUUGACCUGAACAUUUCAUCAGUGAAACUUGAGGACUGGGAGAAGUACGAGUGUGUGUUUCAGCUCUCUGGAGUGAUGGAGGACAUCGUUACCAGACUGGACAAAUCAGUGAUCCCUUAUGUUCCAGGUUCUCCUCCUUGGGUUCCUGUUGUUAGUGGUGUUGUUCCAGGACUGCUGCUCCUGUCAGUCUCCAUCGCUGGAUUCAUCAUGUGGAGAAAAAAGAAAAAUGGGGAACAGAAUAAUCCAGAGAUGGUGCUGGACUCCAGCCUGUGAGGAGUCAAUAAAACUAUCGAGAUGUCUUAGACAGUCAUUUUAUAAAUAACAUCUAAGUACAACCAUUACUAUUUUAUGAAAGUUUCUACAGAAUAAAAGAAAAGUCAAGUUCAGGAGCUGGAGUGAUCUGAGACGACAGCAAAAAGUCAGCGAGAAGCACCAACUUAUUAAAGCUGACUGAAGCUGCAGCAUGUUAGACAUGAGGUUACUUUAAUUGUAGAUUUUAGAUGACAACCCCCAUGACUGCAAAAAAUGUUUUCUUAAUAACUUUUAUUGUUAGUCUUUGAGCCUCUGUUGGCAGACCAAAAGAGCUCACAUUAUUGUAAAGUAUUUCCCCUGGAGGGCGUCAACAUCUGUGGAUCAAAGUUCCUCUAUUAGAGGUCAGUCUUAUUUUCACCUGUUCAUUUCCUCCUCAGAUUAAACAGGUGUGUUAUUGUUCUAGACAGCAGCAGGUCAAUGAUAAAAACACUGCUCUUAAAGGAAGAGAGAUUUAUGAAAACAAAUAAGCUGUCUGAAAAAGAAAAGAAUUUUACUGUUUUACGUAGCAUAAAUAAAGAAAAUAUUAUGAAAGGUAUUUUCAGUUUAUUGUUUAAAUGUCUGUCUUCAUCAUGUUUACUGUUAUUAUUACUGUUGUUGUUUUGUGUUUUUAAUACAAUUUCCUUCACUCAGACUGAGCUGAGCUUUAUUUUGAAAGUUCUUUUUAUCUAAUUCAUGUGCAGUAAUGAGGUCACUGGGUAAUAAGAGUGGGUCUGUAAAUUGUGACAUAUAUGUCUGUUUUGAUUGAAACUAAAUCUUUGAUCAUUUCUGUGCUGUCUUCAGUUUGUUGUUGUUGGCAUCUGCAUCAAAGAUAACAAUUAAAUGUGUUUCUAUGUUUAUUAAUGUGCUCUGUUAUCCUUCAAUAAAUUCAGUUUAAUAAA